AUGUUGGGAACCGGCACGGUGUAUCUCGGAGGCACGCCGGUUGUCACCUCAGGGACCGCCACUGGCUUUGCAAGCAACGUCUCUGGAUGCGGCACCAUCAUCGCCACGUCAGGCACGUUUAGCGGAUCCGCAGAAAUCACAGGCUGUGGUUCCGGCUCCGGCUCCGGCACAUUGACCGGCACAGGGACCGUUUGGCCCGCAUUUGGAGGAGGACUUAUCUCGGUGGUCACAUCGGGCACGGUCACGGGCAGUGGCAACUUCAGCGGUUGCGGGAUCUUGACCGGGUCCGGCACCUUCGUAGCGACGACCGGCUCCCCCGUAAUAGUCUCACCCUCGACCACUCCCACGCCAACUUCCCGGCCCAUCAGGACCGUCAGCGUCUAUCUCUCCUACUGCCCAGACUACGCCAUGGGCACGAACGGCAUGCUCCGCCUCGCCGGUGGUGGCUCGUCCAACGUGACGAGAGGGGACGGCACAGGCGACGGCAUGACCUAUUCCAACACCACGGCACCCUAUUCCUCCCCGUCGAGCUCGAACUCGAGCUUUCCCCUAGGUAAUUCCACCGACGCCAACCCGCUGUGCCAGACGUGCCCCAACUCCGUCGGCAUCUGCUGCCCCCCGACCGUGCACUGCUCGGCCGACGACGGCAAGUGCCCGCUCUACGCGCUGGAGAACUCGGGCAACACCAUCAACGGCUAUCUGAUCGCGCAGGUCAUGAACAGCUCGGCACCCGUGGCUGGACGGAAGAAGGUCCGGGCGCUGGAGAAGAAGCACCACGUCGGACAAGAUGACGGUCUAGACGCGUCAGCGGCUUCCCCAGGUUUCGGAGGCAAGGACCUCUUGGAUUUGGAGGCCGGAGUAGAGAGGCAGCUGCAGAGACACAGAGAGAAGAGGAGGGCGCAUAAGAAGCAGUUUUAG